AUGCCCAAUAAGGUGGUCGGUGACCUGAUCGACCAGGUGCAGGCCAAGAAAGAGGACAAUAAACGCAAAAUCCUUGCCGCCCAAGGAGGCACUUCUUCCGCGGCUUCUUCACCCGGCGCAGCAACACCGUCGAGAGUGCCAAUUGGAUGGAGAGAACACUCGCGGAGAAUGAAGGAGGAAGAGGAGGACAGAUGCGGAAGAAUAACUCGAAACAUCAUGCCCGGCCGAAACCAAUCUCGACAACUCCCCAUCAUCAGCGUCAUCCGCAUGGACAACGACCGACUGGGACAGCGUCAUCCUCCUCCUCCUCCACCACCUCCUCCAUCGACACGUCUCCCGUCCCAUCAGCCUGUCGCGUCCGCUCCACACAAGGCGAGCUGGUAUUUCUCCUCGACGGAGGAUACCACCCUACAGUAUACUCUCGUCACCCAGCCAAACUACGACCCGCCGCCUGCAGGUCAGCAGCCACCGAAGUCUUCGUUGCCGAACGGUGUUGGCUCAACGCAGUCCUCGUUCACGUUUCAGACACAGCUAUAUCAUCCGCUAUUACCGUCGUCGCGCUUGACGGGUGUCCAUGAUGGCGAAGCGGAAGCGAUUAGCGUCUCCCACAAGUCAACGAGUGAUGCGCAGCACUUGAACUGCAGUGCGUUCCCAGCAUCCGCACGGACAGAUCGACUCGGAGAAGGAGUACCGAGUGCGAGACAUCUUGGGAGAGACGAAGACAAGAUGUUCACCGAACCCGUCAUGAUCCCCGCUCCGACUAGGCAGAUCAGACAUCCCAAUUGUAAGCUGCGUUUCCGGCCGAAAUGGUCAGAAGACCAGAUGUUGAACACGCAUCCCAUUUGGUUGGGAAGACGAUUCUGA